AUGGUUCAUUUCAUCGAUAGCUUCGGUCACAUGAACUCCUCGUCGGCCACACCUAUCAGUCUGACGGGUGAUGACAAUCGGUGUCGUAUCGCAACGCCCGCGCCCUCCACUCCAUACCCGUACUCACCGCUGAGUCCGUACGGACCCAUCGGACACAUCAAUCCCUACUCAUUCAUGUCGAGGUACUCGUCGGCCGCGCAUCACAUGCCGUCGCCCUUCGCCUCUCCAUUGGCCACCAGUUUGGCCGCCGGUCUCGCGUAUCCGCACGACAUGUAUCACUACAACCCUUACAGCGCGUUAUCGCCCGCAUCGCCGCUCACUCCCAGCUCUUUCUGGUCACUAACAGCACAACAAAGUUAUCAUCAGAUGAACGGAAUAGCAUUCGGGCCGUCGGGUCCCUUCACUUACAACACUAAUGCCCACCUCUUGAACAUGUUUUCGCCAAAUUCAUUGUCGCCAAUGAGUCCCAGUCCUGACUUACAUUCGCCUUCACUCUACCCCAGAGUAUCAUCCCUUCCAUCACCAUAUGCUUCAAGUCCCGGUUUGUCAUCAGCUUUUUUGAGUCCCUCAUCGAUGCCAUUACUGUUGUCGCCCUCAUUAUCAUCCAGUGUUGACAGACCUCCGACUUAUUUCAGUGAUAACACAUCCACUCCAUCGACAACACCAUCGAUGACGCCAUCGAUUAAAUGCGAGCCAACGGAAGUGAAUUGUAUUUCACACCAAAUCAGUCAAACAAUGAACUCUAAUUCCCAUAAGAUAUCAAUUGACAUGAAUUCGGAUUCAGAAAGAGUCGAUUCACAUCAUAAUCGCGACAGAAGUGUUGAAAAGCAUCACAAAUCUGCUAAACAUAACGAUCAAAAUCACAGCAAACAUUCGUCACGGCGUGAGUCCAACCAGAAAACGAUAACCACAACAAUCACUACAUCGAUGACAACCAAAAGCAAAGAGAAAUAUUCUGUUCGAGUCGAGCCACUCAUGAGAUCCGAUGACACUUGCAGUCAAGUGGUUGACAAUAACAUUGAAGUGAAUACUAAUUCAAAUACAAGCGAUAAAACACAUGCUAUAAACGACACGCGCGAGUCGUUGACCACUACUGUGGAAGCGAUUGAUGAAAAUGAAUCUCAGGAUAAAGUGGAUGCCAUUGAAGAUAAGACUACAGCCAAAGUGAAGAGAGAGUUGAUUGUGUGUGAUAUGAGUUUGCCUUCGAUUGCGGGUAAAUUAGUGCCUAAUUCUACGGAUAUUGUCGACGAUUCCAAUGCUAAAGAUAUGAUUGAAGACAAUACCAACUCUAAUACAAAUACGAGUCUUAAAGCCAAUUGCAAUUCUAUGGACGUGAAUGUUGUCGAAAAGCAGUUCAAUCAUAAGAAUCUCAUUAUUGAAAGCAAUUGUAAUUCAAAUUCUAAUAGUAGUGAUGGAAAUGAAGUUUCUAUUAUUAAUAGUAACAAGAAUUUGAGCGAUAUUUGCAAUAAUAAGAGAGCAAAAGAUGCCAAAAGAGAGUCUCAAUUAAAGCAAUUACAGUCCUAUAGGAAAGAGUCUCAUCGUCUGAAUAAAUGUGUAGACAAUGACAGCCAAAACGGCUGCCAAACGGCCAAAUCGACUGCUGGUCUCACACCAAAUACAGCCAUAUCUAUAGUAUUGCCAAAACCCAAGAACCAAAUGAAUGGCGAACACACAAAGUCAUUGACUCCAAUACCAGAUGACAAGUCAUCCAAUUCUGAUCACACACUCAAGUCUUCGCCAAUCGUUGCGGCGAACAAAACAACAGCAAUUGUAAACACGAUUGAAACUCAUCCCAAAACCCAAACUGUCAUUCCGUGUCGAACCAAAUCAAUGCCCAAAAUGACAACAAAUACCAAACAAUUGAAUGCAAACCAAUCGCAAGAACACAAAAAAUCCAAUCAUAAUAUAAAAGCUGUCACCAGUUCUGUGAAUGAGAAUAGCAAUCAAUUGGCAACAAAUGGCCACAAAUUAACCCAAAACAGUACCAAUUCUGCGACCAAACAGUUACCAAAAAAGUGUCGUAUUUCGCGAAAACCCACGUCAGCCACAAUACCCAUCGGAAUAGCGAUCGCACAGCAGAGGACAUCACCAAAGACUAAAUCGCCCACUGAUUCCGCAGCAAACGCUUCGCAACCACUCAAACCAAUACUUCCAACCCUAUCGUUACCAGUGAUGGCCAACAGUCCUAUUCUUAUAACGGAUUCCCCUCCGGCCGGCACUUCGCUGUGGAUUAAACCGACGCCCAAUUCGGCGCUCAAUAACAACAACACAAUACAGAGUAAUUCGCAAUUUUCUUUCACCGGUGAUUAUCAGUUUGCCAGGGAUUCACUCACAGGGCAUCUCUAUCUGAUCCGCAACUCGUCAUCACUCCCGACAACACCGACCACAACACCAAAGCCGUCGUCUAUAAUACAGCCGAUGAAUAUGAAAAGCAACGAACACUCGGCUAAAUCGAGUCCUUCAGCGAUCCUAACGGUGCCGAUGGGCUCAACACAACCGCAACAAUUCUUCGCCAGUUUAGGCCAAACACAGGCCUCGACGCUCAUACUUAACACCGCAAACAACGCACCAUUAGUUCAAAUCGCGGCCACAGCACCCGUCACAACAGUCAUGGCUAACAUCAAUACCAAUCAAACCACUUGUUUCGCAAACACUGGUAUCGACGCGAAAGAGAAGACACCAAUUAAUGGUAACUUUAGUCACAAUAACUCAGUGAAUGUGGAGCGCGGGUGUCAGGCGUCCAUCAGUGAUGACGAACUCUCCUGUGAUAAUAUGAAGACAACGGCCACUCAGGCGUCCAUCAGUGAUGACGAACUCUCCUGUGAUAAUAUGAAGACAACGGCCACUCAGCUUAUAAUGCAGUAUAAAGUGGACAUGGAUUGCAUCCAUUCCUCCGAAGAAGACGACGACAACGACGGAAAGCGCCAUAAAUUGAGUUUAUUUAGUGAACGAAAGCGAAGAACAAGUGAAACGAAUUCGUCGGUUGACGACAACGACGACGAGUCGAGUCGAGACUCGAUUCAAUUGCAAAUUGUUGACGAAUUGGCGGCCGACGAGCCGCCACAACUGCCCGUGAAAUCGGCGCCAGUCAUGCAAUUCAUCGAUCAUCACGGACUCGACCUCUUGGUUGACUCCAUCGAAGAGUUUGCCGCUCGCGAAGAGACUAAUACAUCCACUAUUAGCGGUGACCUUACAGUGAAUGGCCUCCAAUUGUUGAGCGCUUUGGCUGAACAGAGAGCUCGCGAAGAGAGAUUGGGUGCCGACGGAAGCCCUCUGAGGAGACAUUCGACAGAAUCCAGUAUUACUAUGAAUGGUCUCAAAGAUAUUCAAACAAAUAAUACCAAUACAUCAAAGAAGAGACAGAGAUCUGAGUCCUGUUUCACAACAAAUCCAAUCAAUUUUGAUGAAAGCGAAGAAACUUUGAGCGAUAUUAAGAAAAUGAUGAGGACUUCCGGCUGUCAAACAGAUCUCUUUGACCGCAGAUCCAAAUCAUUUAAUGACAAAAAUGCCGCUCAUUUAAGGAGAAGUGAACAAGGGAAUUCUGUUGACAUUAAGGAUAAAGAAUCUGUUCCUUCCAAAGAGUGUAAACGAAAGGACAGUUUGGAUAAUAACUUGAAAUCUAUUAACAACACCAAGAAACCUAUCGAACAAAAGGAUAAGAAGAAGAAGAAAAGCAAAUUAUCCCCGAUUUCUGGUUCCAUCUCUUCUAUUCUUAAGAGCCGAUCAUCUGAUGGAAAGACUGACGAAAAGAGAGUAAAGAAGCGAAAGAAAAAAUUAGUUCCAGAGUUAGAGCACAAGAAGAAAUUGAAAACAGAUCACAACAAACAGAUCGAUGAUAGCAUCGAAAGCAUUAUCAAAAAAUUAGAGCACAAGAAGAAAUUGAAAACAGAUCACAACAAACAGAUCGAUGAUAGCAUCGAAAGCAUUAUCAAAAAAGUGACACAAACUCACGACACGAAUGACGAAUCUAUGGAUGAAAUAAUUAAAACGAUUGCAGAAAAUAAGAAACUAAGCCCUGAAUUGAAUAGACGUGAAGCCAGUGAUGAACCAAAAGACGAGUCCAAAAAGAAGAAGCCAUUAAUUAAACCAUUGUUGCAAUUGUACGACGAAAAGAGAAUGAAAUUAUUAGACGAAACCAUUGAUGAGAUUAUUGCCAAAGAAUUAGUUCCAUCAGAAACUGUGGAACAAAUUGACGAACUUAUGGAUGAUUUAGACCUCUCUUCCGUUAUCACAGAAGAUAAACCAAUCGCUUCUGAAUCGAAACCAUUAUCAAUAUCUUUGUCUUCUGACACCAUAUCACCGAAACUAACUCAAGAGCCGCCAAAACCUAAGCCAUUAGUGAAGCAGACGUCCAGCUGUUCCACAAUCUCUUGUGCGUCUUCCUCUGCUUCUUCAACGUCUAGUUCGUGUCUAUUAUCGAAACCAGCGAUGAAUUUGAAACUAACAGAAAGCGAUUUGGAUUUGAAGAAUUUGAAUGUAAUUAUGUUAGUCGACGGCCUCUUAUUUGUCGGUGAGAUUUGUCCCAUUCAGGCGCCAGAUAUCUAUGGCAUUACUCUUCACGGCGAACGACAACACCGACCGAUCAUCUAUUCUCAGGAAGAGAUGCUUAAGGAAGCCAUUCGUGAGGUAAAGCCAUCGUUGCAUGACUUAGAAGAAGGGCAGAGAGUUUGCGCCUAUUGGUCGACACAAUAUCGACACUUAUAUGCGGGUUAUGUGCGCUCCUCUUCUCCGCACCCAAACCUAGUGUUUGUGGAGUUCGAUGACGGAGACAACGGACGCAUAGCUGUCGAUGACAUUCGACUGUUGCCACAAGACUACCCGCAGAUGAAGAUCAAUGCGGAUCCGUUCAAGAAUCUGGAGCGCAAGCGACGCAUGAGUUCUUCUGGCAAAGAGAGCCGUCACUCAAAACUCAGUUGUGAUAACUUUAAUGGCGACAAAAAAUCGUUGAAUGAAGACAUGUCCAGCAGUUCUAUGCUUUUGAAAACUAAUUCAAACGAAGCGUCGGUUUCAUCAAAAACGAGUAAAAAGGAUUCAAAUAACCGGAGCAACAGUUCCACGAAUACAACCCCCGAUAGUCUGUCAAUGAAAUCAGAGCUCAAGAAAAAGAAGAAAAAGCACAACAAAGAGGAUCGACAUCAUAGACACCAUCACAACCAUAAGCACCAUCACUGUCGGUCACUCUCUUCUCCCGUCAUCACGAUUAUCAAGCGUUUUAUGCCCAUUUCUUCCGCCUCUUUUCUCACUGGUCUUAUUGCUAAUUCAGACGGACAGAGAAUUAUUAGUUAUAGAGACGACAAUACUGUCAACAAAAAUGAUGACAACAAAGAGAGAACUCGUAUCCGAACUAUUGUCAAAAAGACGGCCAAACAAAGAGCUUUGGAUCGAUUGAGGACUAAUUUGAGUGAAAAGAUGUGUACAAUCAUGAGUCCGAUCCGCAAACGAAUUACUCCCAACACCAAUACAAGUAACACAACUGUGAGUCCAUCCGUACCAAAGAGGAGGGAACGCAUGCCAUCGUCUGAGAAAAGCAAAAUCGCACCCUUUCUACCGGAGAGACAGCUUUGGCACUGGUCUGGAAAGUGGAUCAAACGGACGGGCAAUAAGGGGUCGCGAACCAGAAAAGUAUAUUACAAAGAAAUCGAAAGGGGAAGAGAACACAUCCGAGUCGAUGACUGCGCCGUCUUCUUGUCUACGGGUCGGCCACACUUGCCAUAUAUCGGUCGCAUAGACUCGAUGUGGCAGACGGGCAGCGGCACAAUGAUAGUGAAGGUGCGCUGGUUCUAUCACCCCGAAGAGACCAAAGGACAACCGCAACCUCUUCUCGACAAAAGAGGAGCGCUGUUCGAGUCCUCGCAUUUCGAUGUAAACGAUGUGCAAACCAUUUCACAUAAAUGUCAAGUCAUCUCAUGGACUGAAUAUGAAGAGAGACGCUCUCAGAAUGCAUCGCUCCCGACAUCCGAUGAUCCGCCGAACGUGUAUUAUAUGGCCGGUGUGUACGACGCUCUCGGAGGUCGUGUCGAUAUGGAUCCGAGUGUUUCUGUUAAACCACAAGUAAAGGACGACUAAACAGAUAAACACUUAAGACUGCAAUAAAAUGUAGUAAAUAUUGUAUAUUUUUGUUGAACAUUGCAAUCAUUUGAGGCAUUAUAUGAGAGAUCUGUCAACUCAUCAAAAAGAUUACAAUUCAUGCAAUUAUUUUUGCCAUAAAAACAAUUUUUAAAAUGCAUUGUUUGGCAGCUUUUGAUUAUAUUUAUGGAAAAAAUGUUGAAAUCUAUUGAAUAUAUAUUUUUUGAAACAAAUUAGUUUUGGAGCGAAUAUUUCUAUGAAAAUUAUAACUGAUAUUUAAUUUGAAACAUUAAAAGCAAAAACGAUUUAAAAUGAAAGCAUUUCGACAAAAGAGAGUGAAGACACAAAUUUGCACCCAUUUUAUGCUUUUUAUAAUUUAAACUCUAUUUGAAUUU